AUGGCUCCCCCUAAACCUACCCAACCCUCUCCUCAAGAAAUUAUUGAACAAGCUGUUCAAACAUCCCAUCUUCAUCUAGAUACAGCUAUGAAUCAAACACAGCAGCAAAUGGAUGAACGGUUUGAUAAAGUUCAUUCUGACUUGGCUGAGACAAAGCAGCAGCUAGGGUUGAUUCAUACACAAAUGGCUUCCGAGAGGCAGGAGGAAGAUGUUCGCUACAACGCCCUCAUGGAAGCUAUACAGCGUGUUUUCUCACAAAAAGAACUACAAAAGCUUGCUGCUGACGCUACUAUGGCUGUCUCUUCCCCGGGAGAAUCUUCAGGUAUGACAGAAAACCUCUCUUUUGCUGCUACUGCUACAGUACCCAUUCCCCAAAACUAUACACCCACAAAUACACCCUCACGAACCACUGUUCCUCUCCCAAACACCCCCACCCAACCCACUGCUACAGUGCAGCGAACCCCCUUCCCACAACCAGAGCCGCCCCCUUUUCCACCUUACACCCUUAAUCACUCUCCUUUCCCACACACCCAACAAAUUAAUAUUCCGUUUACCCAGCCCAUCUCCUACGCGCAUAACCCCACCAUGGCUCCCCUACCCCCUUUUCGAACACCCAAACUUGAAUUAGCUAUGUUUGAUGGGUCUAACCCAUUGGAAUGGCUAUUUCAGGCUGAUCAAUUUUUUCUUUUCCACAAUUUACCACCAGAAAACAGAAUGUCAUUAAUGUCCUUUUAUAUGAAGGGUGAUGCUUUGGGUUGGUUUAAAUGGAUGUUUCAAAAUCAAUUAUUAACAGACUGGUUUUCAUUCAAGAGGGCAUUGGAAUUACGAUUUGGUCCUUCAACAUAUGCGAAUCACCAAGCUGAACUUUUCAAGUUAAAACAAGAGGGGUCUGUUACUCAAUACCAAACCCAAUUCGAAAAGCUCGGCAAUCAAGUCUUUGGUUUACCCCCUGAUGCCAUAUUAAACUGUUUUAUUUCUGGAUUAAAUCAGGAAAUUCGGAAUGAAAUUGCUGUUCAUCGCCCUACCAAUAUUUCUCAAGCUAUUGGGCUAGCCAAACUAAUUGAAUCCAAAAUAAAAGAAUCAAAGCCCAAAUUUUCAAAACCUUUCAGUACCUACACCCCUAAAUCGUCCUUCCCCAAUUCCACCCAGCCCACUUCUUUCCAAUCUUCCCUCCCAACCAAACCGAUUUCCACCAACCCCCCUCCAAAAUUACCUAUUAAAAGACUUUCCCAAGCCCAAAUCCAAGAACGCCGAGCUCAAGGCCUUUGUUUUAAUUGUGAUGAAAAAUUUGUGGUUGGACAUAAAUGUGCUACUAACAGAUUUCUAAUCCUAUUGGCUGAAGAAGAACCAAGUGAUUCUAUGGUUACAGCUGAUUGUUUGGAUUCAGAAAAUACAGCAGAACUUGGAGACACUUAUUUCCAAUUAUCUCCUCAAGCGUUAACCGGACAGUUCUCUCCCCAAACAUUGAAAUUCCAAGGACAUAUUGGGGGACUACCCGUCAUGGUCUUGAUUGAUACAGGCAGCACACAUAAUAUUUUACAACCUCGCAUUGCCCAUCACCUUCACUUGACCCCCACUCCCAUCACUCAAUUUUCUGUUAUGGUGGGUAAUGGAUCCCAUUUACAAUGUGAGGGAAUCUGCCACGAUGUUACAUUGAAUCUUAACAAUGACCUUUUCACCCUUCCCUUCUACUUAUUGCCUAUUGAGGGUGCUGAUGUUGUCCUAGGGAUGGCAUGGCUUAGAACUUUGGGACCCAUUCAAGCAGAUUUUUCUAUUCCAUCUAUUAGUUUUACACACAAUGACAAACCCAUCACACUCAAGGGUGACCCUAAAACUCGGCCUAUUCACACCUCUUUUCACCAAUUACAACAUCUCAUCCAUACAAACUCCAAUGCUUCCUUCCACCUCAUGAUCAUGGAACCGUUGGAAGUCCCCAACUCUUCCCCCAUGGCCACAAAUUCCAUAUCCACACCUAAUUUUCAUUCAAAACCCGAACUCCAGCACCUUCUUCAAACCUAUAAAAAUAUAUUUCAACCACCAAAAAGCCUUCCCCCUUGCCGCCCUCACGAUCAUCACAUCACUCUCCUUCCAAAUACCCCACCUAUAAACGUAAAACCCUACCGUUAUCCACACUACCAAAAAGACGCUAUGACCUCCCUCAUCCAAGAGAUGUUAAAAGAAGGUACUAUUAUUCCUAGCAGCAGCCCCUUUUCCUCUCCGGUCCUAUUAGUAAAGAAAAAAGAUGGAACUUGGCGUUUUUGUGUUGAUUACCGCGCCCUCAAUGCCGUCACUAUUAAAUACCGUUUUCCCAUCCCAACCAUCGAUGAGUUACUAGAUGAACUGAAUUCUGCUAAGAUUUUCACUAAGAUAGACUUACGCUCGGGAUAUCAUCAGAUCCGACUUGCAUCGGAAGAUACGCAUAAGACAGCUUUCCGAACAUUUGACGGGCAUUAUGAAUUCCUUGUCAUGCCUUUUGGCUUGACAAAUGCCCCGUCCACCUUCCAAUCAGCUAUGAAUGACUUACUCAGACCUCACCUACGUAAAUUCGUUUUAGUUUUCUUUGAUGACAUACUCAUUUAUAGCCCCACUUAUACUGACCACUUAACUCAUUUGCAGGUUGUUUUAGAACUAUUGCAGUCUAAUUCAUUUUAUGCCAAACUUUCUAAGUGUGUUUUUGCAGUUGAUCAAAUUGAUUACUUGGGGCACGUUAUAUCAGUUGGUGGUGUUGCACCUGAUCCAGAAAAAGUAAAGGCAAUCUUGGAUUGGCCUCUACCGCGAUCACUCACGACUCUCAGGGGAUUUUUGGGCCUCACCGGUUUUUAUAGAAGGUUUGUUAAGAAUUACGCCACACUCGCCGCUCCCCUCACCGAUCUUUUACGUUCUACUAAAUUUCAGUGGAGUACAGAGGCAUCUUUGGCCUUUACAAGUUUGAAGCACAAGAUGACCGACAUGCCGGUUCUUGCCUUACCAAAUUUUAAAAAGACAUUCAUUGUAGAAACUGAUGCUUCGGGUGUCGCUAUCGGAGCUGUGCUUUCUCAGGACGGUCACCCCAUCGCCUUUUUCAGCAAGAAGAUGUGCCCUCGGAUGCAAGCAGCUUCUGUGUACGUGAGAGAAAUGUAUGCUGUAACAGAAGCGGUUAAGAAGUGGCGUCAGUAUCUUAUAGGGCGGCACUUUCAUAUUCAUACUGACCAAAAGAGCCUAAGGAACUUACUGCUACAGAAAAUACAAACACCAGAACAGCAAAAAUGGACUUCUAAACUACAAGGCUUUAACUUUGCAAUUUUUUACAAACCUGGCCGUUCUAAUCAGGUGGCAGAUGCGCUCAGCAGACAAUUUUCUCCUGAUGAUUCCUUGUUGUUGACCCUCUCUUCGAUUGUCCCAGAUAUCCUUCUCAAACUACAGCACUUCUACGCUUCCACCAUACCAGGACAAAACACUGUCACACAACUUACACAAUCAGGCAGCAACCUUACUUCAUUCAGGUUUAAAAAUGGCUUACUUAUCUAUGGAGACAAGAUCUUCAUACCUGACGAUCUGGGGUUUCGCUCCUCUCUUCUGCAUGAAUACCACGCAACACCCUCAGCCGGCCAUUCCGGUGUUAAGGCUACCGUCGCUCGCGUGUCAAAUUCUUUCGCAUGGCCUGGCCUCUACCAGGACGUAAAAGACUUUGUAAAAAAAUGCUCCACCUGCCAACAUAACAAACAUCUAACUCAGAAAAAGAAAGGACUCUUACAACCUCUGCCUGUUCCUAAUAAUGUUUGGGAAGAACUUACCAUGGAUUUUAUAACACAUCUUCCGAAUUCUUUUGGACACACCGUGAUCUGGGUAAUCUGCGACCGACUCACCAAGUAUGUCCAUUUUUUGGCGUUACCUACAAGCUUUACAGCUAAGGAUCUCGCAUCUCGCUACAUGGUGGAGAUUUUCCGUUUGCAUGGUACUCCGAAAUCAAUUAUUUCCGACAGAGACCCUCUGUUUUUGAGUUCAUUCUGGAAGUCCUUCUUCAAAGCUCAGGGAACUACACUAAAAUACAGCACAUCUUACCACCCAGAGACUGACGGCCAAACUGAAGUCGUAAAUAGGUCAGUAGAAACAUACCUUCGUUGUUUUGUCGGUGACCAUCCGAAAAAGUGGUAUAAGUUUCUUCACUUAGCCGAGUUUUGGUACAAUACCUCCUAUCAUUCAGCCAUUAACAUGCCUCCUUUCAAAGCUCUGUAUGGUCGAGAUCCUCCCAAUAUCACCGAUUUCAUCAACGAUUCCUCUCGCCGGGACCCCCUCGAGUUCUCCUGGCAACAGCACAAAGACAUUCUUGUCAAACUCAAGUUGAACUUACAAAAGAGUAGAAAAGCGAUGGAGAAACAAGCUAAUAAGUCCAGAAUGGCUUACAGUUUUCAGGUCGGUGAUUCAGUACUCCUUAAGCUCCAACCCUAUCGUCAAUCUACUGUGCAAAGGAGAUCAUCAGAAAAACUGUCAAAACGAUUUUUCGGGCCCUUUAAAAUCAUUAAGCGAGUCGGGGAAGUCGCUUAUUUAUUAGACUUACCAUCGUCAUCACGCAUCCAUCCGGUGGUCCAUGUAUCAUUGUUGCGUCCUUAUUUUGGUUCGGAUCCGGAGUCAGAUUUUCGAUCCCUCCCUCUCAAUAGUCCAUUGGACUUCUUGGAUCCUGCUUCGGAAGAGAAGGAUCCGUUGUGUGAACCUGAAAAAGAGACAACAAACAAUCAGGUUUCGGAUGCACAAGAACCAACCAAUGUUACCACACUUUCGAUUCGUAACUCACCUUCAGACCAAGGUGGAAAAUCGCAGAACAGAGCGCCUAUCGGAGUCGGCGUUAGGAUGAAGAAGACUCCAAGCAAGGUGAGUUCUGAUAAUGGUUUAGAAAUGGAAGUACAAAGAAGUGAGGAAGACAAAGGAAGAGAGAAAGCUAAAGAAAACCAGAAGGACGACGAAAGAGAGAAAUGGGUCGUUCAAACAAAUGAAAGCACUUAUGUUAAUAACCCACUUUCAGAGGCUACAAGUAACGUUAAACCCUUUACUUCCUGUGACCGGCAAGUACACAGUGCGGUCCAAUCCCCUUUUGCCAUCUGUCCCACGCGUGCUCCUCAAUUGAAGAGUUCCCAACGUCUCUCUGUGACACACCCAUGUGCUUCACCUAACAUCACAUUGACCGAAGCCCCUUUUUCUGACUCCAGCCCCUCCGCGUCCCAAGGCAACAGCUGGCAUCAUCCUAGCAUUUUCCCAUCACCCUUAUCUUCUGCUAGUAAAUCUGUUCCACUCAUCCAGAUUGCCCCAAUUGCCAACCGGAUCACAGCUGUAUCCAACCUACAAGAUUCAAAACUUUCUCUCCCGGACUCAUCAAUUGAAACUUGCGGCCCAACGGGUUUUUCAUCCCAUGCCCACUCACCUAUGAACCUUGAGGACAAGGUUCUUAAUGGGCCAAUGAGUAUUGUUAGGAAACAUGAUAGGCCCAUUAGGAAUAAGACCCAAUCAGUUUUACUUAAAGACUUCUAUUUGAAAUAG